AUGGAAGAGAUCAUUCAAACUCCCCUCACCAAGCUGUUUGGGAUCAAGCACCCCGUAAUGUUGGCAGGCAUGGCUCAGGCAGCUGGUCCAAGUCUUGCUGCCGCUGUAACGAAUGCAGGAGGAUUAGGAGUUAUUGGUGGAGUUGGUUACAAUGCUGCCACUCUUCAGAGAUUGAUCAGAGAACUCAAGUCUGAGCUCGUUCAAAAAGAUGCUCCAUUUGGUGUUGAUCUCUUGUUGCCACAAGUCGGUGCUGGAGCUCGUGCCACUAACUAUGACUAUACACAUGGUGAACUACCUAAACUGAUUGAUAUCAUGAUUGAAGAAAAGUGUUCGCUCUUUGUCGCUGCUGUUGGUGUGCCUCCUCGAUGGGCAGUAGAUAAAUUACAUGCAGCCGGCAUUCCUGUCAUGAACAUGAUCGGUGCACCUAAGCACGUAGCCAAAGCAUUGGCCGCUGGCGUAGAUCUCAUUUGUGCCCAAGGCGGUGAGGGCGGAGGACACACUGGUGAUGUACCCACCUCAUUGUUGAUACCCAAGGUCGUUGAUCUUUGUGCCGGAAAGAAGUCUCCUCUCACUGGUGAUAACGUUUGGGUGGUCGCAGCUGGAGGUGUUGUUGAUGGAAGAUCUUUGGCUAUGUGUCUGUCUCUUGGAGCUCAAGCUGUAUGGGUUGGAACCCGUUUCGUUGCGGCUAAGGAAGCAGGAGCAAGUCCCGCUCAUCAGAGAGCCGUCACUACCGCUGGCUACCAUGACACGAUACGAACAAUCAUCUUCAGUGGACGUCCUAUGAGAGUGCGCAAAAACGCAUAUAUAGCUGAUUGGGAGAAUAACAAAGCGGACAAAAUCAAGGAGCUCACCGCGGCCGGAAUUGUUCCAGCUAUUCAAGACCGGGAACUCCACCCCGAAUGGUCUGAUGAGGAGAGCAUGGCUGCACAUCCCCAAAUCUUGGGUCAAGCCGCAGGUGCAAUCGAUGAGAUUUUGCCAGCCAAGGUUAUCGUUGACGAGAUGGUCUCUGGCGCUGUAAAAGUUUUGAAAGGGUUGACCAAGACUGCCAUUGUUAAGGCAUCUUCAUACCAGCCUUCGCCAAGAUUGUAG